AUGGGGAACAGCGUGCGCACUGUCGUGGCCUAUAUCCCGUCGGAGCGCUGCCAGCGAUUCCUGGUGGGCGACCUGAAGGAGAUGCCCCUGGACCGCACCCUGGACCUGAGUGGCCUCCAGCUGCGGCGCCUCCCGCUGGCCGCCUGUGCCUUCGGCGAGCUGGUCAAGCUGUACCUGAGCAACAACCGGCUGAGCAGCCUGCCGUCCGAGCUGCGCAGCCUGCACAGCCUCCAGCUGCUGGCUCUGGACUUCAACUGCCUGGAGGAACUGCCGGUGGCCGUGUGCGGCCUGCCCCAGCUCAACACCCUCUACCUGAGCAACAACCGGCUGCACCGCCUGCCCCCAGAGCUGGCCCUGCUCACCGAGCUCAGGACCCUGUGGCUGGAGACCAACUGCUUCAGCGAGUUCCCCGCGGUGCUGUGCGAGCUGCCCGCCCUGCGGACCCUGCACAUGGGCUACAACCGGCUGCGCGGCCUCCCCCCCAAGCUGGCGGCGCUGGGCGAGCUGCACAGCAUCUGGCUCGCGGGGAACCUGCUGGCCGACUUCCCGCCGGUGCUGCUGGGGAUGCACCAGCUGGGCGUGAUCGACGUGGACCGCAACCGCAUCCGCCGCUUCCCGGGCCUGGCGCACCUGCGCGGGCUCAAGCUGGUCAUCUACGACCACAACCCCUGCGUCAACGCGCCCGCCGUGGCGCCCGGGGUGCGCAGGGUGGGCCGCUGGGCCGACAGCUCCGACGACGAGGAGGAGGAGGAGGAGGGAGAGAGGGAGAGGGAGUGCAGUGCAGAGAAGGGGGAGUCGCCCGCUGAGGGCGAGUAG